AUGGACUGCUCUCUGAAGCCCAGUCAGCGCACUGAUAUGCUGGGAAGGAGGAACAAGGGGAAGAGAGGGCCCGAGGAGAACGGAGGAGGGCCGCUGUCAGAGCCGGAGGAAGGAGCCCCGCACAGCUACUCCAGCAGCUGCAGAAACAAGAGGAGAAAGAUAGAGGGCCAUCCUUUGGAAACUGGCUACAUUUGUGACACAGAGAGUGACACUGGAGACAAGGCCUCUGACAACGACAUGGACCCAGUCUUCACAGUCAGUACGAGGAAAGUUGUGGAGCCCGCGCCCUCAAACAUGGGCACAUCCAUGGGCAAAAUCUGCCCGCCCCUCCCGGCCCGUUGUGGCGGCGUCUCAAGGUUGAUGGUGACCCCCAGAGUAUCCGGCCUGGAGCGAAGUCAGGAGAAAAGCCUGGAGCAGCAUUUCCCAGAGCCUGUUUCUUCUUCUACCUCUUCUGCCCCCUUCUCUCGCCUGCCUUCCCCGGUCGCAGUCCCGGGCUCGGUCCCCCGGUCCAGCCCGUUCAAUGGAAACGGCAGCCGCCACAACGGCAGCCCGCCGCUCUCCAAACCCAAACCCUUCCUCACUCUGCCUGGACGAUCUCACUCCAUCUACAACAUCAACAG